GAUAUGCUUAAGAAAGAAUAACUACCUCUUAACUCACUGUCUUUACACAAAACAGAAUGAGCUCUCAGCUCGUUCCCAACACAACAACCUUAAUCCCUACAAAUAUCUACAAACACCCUUCACCUAGUCUCUUAGACCACUGCACUUCCACAAAACACCUUCAUCAAAUCCUUCCCUUAAUCAUCAAAACUGGUUCCUACUACAAUGACCACUUGUUCCAAACCAAGCUCAUAAACAUGUUCUUCAAACAUGGCAGCAUCAAUGAAGCAUCUCUUGUCUUUGACACUGUUGAACAUAAACAAGAUGUUCUUUACCAUGCCAUGCUUAAAGGGUAUGCAAAAAACUCAUCUUUAUGUGAUGCUUUAUGUUUUUAUCAUAGAAUGCAAAAUGAUGGUGUUAGGCCAGUUGUGUAUGAUUUUGCUUAUUUGUUGCAAUUGUGUGGGAAAAAAUUUGAACUUGAAAAGGGUAGAGAGAUUCAUGGUCAGGUGAUAGUUAAUGGGUUUGAGUAUGAUUUGUUUUCAAUGAUUGGUGUUAUGGGCUUUUAUGUCAAAUGUGGGGAGAUCGAUGAUGCGUUUAAGGUUUUUGAGAGAUUGUCGGAGAAGGAUUUGGUGUCUUGGACUAGUUUGAUUGCGGGAUAUGCGCAGAAUGGUUAUCCCAAGAGAGCUUUGGAUUUGUUUUAUCGGAUGCAGGAAGCUGGCUUAAAGGCGGAUUCUGUUACAUUGGUUAGUAUUUUGCCAGCUGUGGCAGAUAUUAAGGAUUUGAGAAUUGGAAAGUCUAUUCAUGGUUAUGCUCUUAGAUUGGGAUUUGAGUCGAAGGUUAGUGUUAUAAAUGCGCUUUUGUAUAUGUACUUUGAAUGCGGGUGUGAAAGGAUUGCGAGGUUGGUUUUUGAGGGGAUGAUUAACAAGUGUGCGGUUUCGUGGAAUACAAUGAUUGAUGGUUAUGCACAAAUUGGUAAAUCUGAGGAAGCGUUUGCUACUUUUUUGAAGAUGUUGGAUGAAGGAGUUGAACCUACACGAGUUGCAAUAAUGGCGGCUUUGACCGCUUGUGCUGAUUUAGGUGAUCUUGAACGGGGGAGAUUUGUUCAUAAAUUAGUGCUUCAGAAGAAACUUGAUUUUGAAGUGCCUGUUAUGAAUUCUUUAUUAUCCAUGUAUUCAAAGUGUAAGAGAGUUGACCUUGCAGCCUCAAUCUUUGAGAAUUUGAAGAAGAAAACAAACGUCACGUGGAAUGCCAUGAUAUUAGGUUAUGCUCAAAAUGGAUGCGUUAAUGAGGCUUUAUAUCUGUUUUGUGUGAUGCAAUCUCAAGAAGUUAAACCUGACUGCUUUACUUUAGUGGCUGUAAUUACUGCUCUCGCUGAUUUAUCGGUUAACCGGAUGGCCAAGUGGAUUCAUGGACUUGCAAUAAGGACUUUUAUGGACAAUGAUGUCUAUGUUGCUACUGCUCUUAUUGACAUGUAUGCAAAAUGUGGAGCCACUCAAACUGCGAGGAAGCUUUUCGACAUGAUGCAUGAACGACAUGUGAUAACAUGGAAUGCGAUGAUAGAUGGAUAUGGCACACAUGGCCUUGGAAAAGAAGCUAUUGAUAUCUUUGACAAUAUGCAGAAAGAAGCCGUUAUACCAAAUGAUACAACAUUUUUGUCUGUUAUCUCGGCUUGUAGUCACUCGGGUUUCGUGGAAGAGGGUCUCCAUUUCUUUCAAAGCAUGAAGGAAGAUUAUGGCCUGGAGCCUUCAAUGGAUCACUAUAGUGCUGUGGUCGAUCUCCUUGGUCGUGCCGGAAAGUUACAUGGUGCUUGGAAUUUAAUUGAAGAGAUGCCUAUCAAACCAGGGAUUACCGUUUUAGGUGCAAUGCUCGGUGCUUGCAAAAUUCAUAAAAAUGUCGAAUUGGGCGAAAAAGCAGCAGACAAACUAUUUGAGUUAGAUCCAGAUGAGGGUGGGUAUCAUGUUCUGCUAGCAAACAUGUAUGUCUCUGCAUCAAUGUGGGACAAAGUGGCCAAGGUUAGAACAGCCAUGGAGAAAAAGGGUAUCCACAAAACUCCAGGUUGUAGUUUUGUUGAAUUGAGAAAUGAAGUUCACACAUUCUACUCAGGAAGUACGAAUCAUCCUCAAGCGAAGAAAAUCUACGCUUUUCUUGAGGCUCUUGGAGAUAAGAUCAGGGAUGCUGGUUACAUACCUGACACCAAUUCUAUUCAUGACGUGGAGGAAAAAGUGAAGGAGCAAUUGCUCAGUAGCCAUAGUGAGAGGCUUGCUAUUGCAUUUGGACUUUUAAACACAAACCAUGGUACACCAAUACAUGUAAGGAAGAAUCUAAGAGUUUGUGGAGACUGCCAUGAUGUUACCAAGUACAUUUCACUUGUGACAGGGAGGGAAAUUAUAGUGCGUGAUUUACGUAGGUUCCAUCAUUUUAAGAAUGGAAUCUGUUCUUGUGGCGAUUAUUGGUGAAUCAAUAAGAAUGGACGUUGAUUAGAGAGAGAAAACUGAAGAAAUUCACUUGGACUGAUUGGCACAUCCAUGGUGUAUGCAUGUCUCCUAUCACUGUUCAUAAUUUAUUCAACCUAACAACUUGCUCGAGGUGUUUUCUAAGAUGGAUGUGAUAAGGUGAGCAAUCAGGAAGCAGUGGAUGUUGCUUGUCAUUGUUGUGUAGGGAACAAGUUAAUUAUCAUAACCGCGGAGAAGGUUACAUUGAUGCUACUCUUCGACAACAAAAGAAAACUUUGAAGAGAAUAUACACAGCGCUUUUGCUGGUGCCAUGUAAGUGUUGCGGCUACAUUGAUUCGUGUUCAUUUACUGUGAAGCUCCUUUAUCUUUAGGCAUGAGAACAUUAAGGAAAGUUGAAAACCAAGAGGCGUGUAACAUAAGCACAAGCUUUUCCUCUUCUCGAUUUAGUUAUGUCUCAAUUGAUAGAAACCAUGUAGAUAUCAAACUACAACAUAUUUAAUCACAAAGUAUAUAAUUUGACGGAUAGCUCUAUUUUUUUUCCUAAUGGUUGUGAGUGAAACCACUUAGACGAGAGUGAGGAAUGAAAGAGAACUUCUCUUUACCUGAAAAGUGUGUUUUUGGUAUGUCAAUCGCCUAAAGGUCAUCAGAUGAGCGUAGGAACUUCUCAUCGAACAUCAAAUGGAUAGUCCAACCCAAUAUAGGUCACUUACUAAACCUUCCUAAUACAAUAUUUAUCAAUUUAUCAAUCACUGUAAUCAAAUUAUAAUUACCCUAUUUGAUGUAUAAUUAGUUCAAAAAGUAUUCUAAAUAAUUGAUAAAUGUUAAU